AUGGCGGUCGCUCAACCGUCGCCGCAGCAGAUCGCGGCUAUGCAACAACAGAUGGCUGCCGAAGCCGCCAAACGGGGCAUGACGCCAGAAGAGUUCGCAAACAUGCAACGGCAACAACUCGCCCAAGAGGCCGCGAAGCACGGUCUAACUCCGGAGCAAUAUCUCAGUCAAUUGAGGGCUCAAGCCAUGCAACAGCACAGAAUGCAGCAAAUGCAACAACAGGCGGAGCAGGGCCAUGAACACCAUGAGGGCUGCGAUCACGACCAUGACCAUGACCAUAGCCAUGACCAUGGCGGCCACGAACACCACGAAGGCUGUAACCAUGACCACAGCCAUGACCAGCCAAACCAGAGACGAGUACCCGUGACUUCAGGAGUUGAGCCGGACCCGAAAGCACUUGCAGUUGCCAACUUCUUAAGGUCACAGAAUCUAAAAACGAGAACAUGCAUUCUGGAUGGCCGAAGAAGAGAGAUGUUCAAAGGAAUACUGACUAGAAUCAAAGUAAAACGAGCCAUUCGAGCCCUAGAAUCCCCUGCCUAUGCCAAAGCAGCCGCAAAGCCCAAAUCCCUCCUUCCCCCGGUUACCGACCGCGCCUCUGCUGAAAACACCUUCAAACUCCUUCCCAUGUCCCUUCUCGCACUUCGCGUAUCCAAAGUCGAGCAACAAAGUGCUGGCAAGCAGAAACGAGUAAAAGGGCAGUGGACUGUGCGUAUAGAACAACACCAGGAGACGGCACCAAUGAUGCAUUACGCAUGGUUGUACGAAGGCCCACAGUGGAAACAAAAAGCAAUGGCUGCGGGUGUGCUGGUUCUUAUCAUGGCAGUGGUCAUGUUCCCAUUGUGGCCCAUCAUGUUACGACAGGGUGUGUGGUAUUUGAGUAUUGGAAUGAUGGGUCUACUGGGACUGUUCUUCGCGAUGGCCAUUUUCCGUUUGAUAUUAUUCUGCGUUACAUUCUUUGCUGUUCCACCUGGGCUCUGGCUUUAUCCGAAUCUGUUUGAGGACGUUGGAUUUUUUGACAGUUUCAGGCCGGUAUGGGGAUGGCAAGAGACCAAAAAGAAGAAGAAGUCGAAAAAGGCUGCCGACGGAACAUCGGCAACGUCCGAGAAACCUUCUAAACCCCAAGACUCAACUGCUACGUCUACGGUAGUCCAGCCUCAGGCAAACCCCGGAGGCGUAGAGAAACGUAAUCUGACCGCCAGCGUCGAGGAUGCGGAAGACGAGUAG